CAUUAAAAAUGGGUCCAAAAUUACGAUACCCACAUAAAUAUACACCAUCUUCAGGGAUAAAAGAUGAUUUUGAGGAUCUUUUACAACGUUUUAUAGCAACAGAAACUGUUCGGUAUGAAAAUUUUGUAGAAAUUUGGCGCGACAUGAAAAUGUCUAUGAUAUUUGCCGGAAGACAAUCGGAAAGAGAAGUUCGUGAGUUCACAGAAGAAUGUUUCAGGAUUGCCUCCCAGUAUGUUGUGGCUCCAUACAACUUCCAAGUACGAGUUGGAGCAUUAUACCUGAUGUAUGGGAUCUUUAACACACAACCACUUUGCCAGAGAGUCAAGAUCAGAACAACACACUCAAUGUGGCGUGACCUUUUAGAAUUCCAAAGUGAGGCUCAUCGUCAACAGCAUCUUGAUGUCGACUUUGUCUUUCAUAAACUUCGUUUCCAAAAUGCUUUCCUAUUUACUGCCAAACCGGUUGAGGUGUUACAUACAGUGGACAAGACAAAAGAUGAGGUAUCACUUUCAGAGGAAUUCAAGGAGGAACAGAGUGUUCUUUUUGACCUUUUCUCGACAGAAAUGUUGGAGCAAAUGGCAACAGUCCAUCAGCACUAUGAGGCCAUCAAGGUAGCAUUAGAGGGGCCACAGGCCACGAAGCCGUCACGGUCACUGUCGGUGAUCAAACAGGAUGUGGUACCAGGCAUCACAAAAGCCAUCAUCUACUACCAGGACAGACGCAAAGCUGGGACUAUUAAGAGAAAAGCUGCCAAAGAUAACGAUCUUAGCUCGGACUCUAUGGAUGAUGACGUUGGAGAUGAAGAUGAAGAAACAAAACCUUCUAAGAAACUUUUACUGAAGGAAAAGGCAUUUGCGCAAGCAGCUGCUCCAAGUGGUCUCUUUCGUCGUGGGAAAGUUUUAGCUUCUUCUGUAAGUGAACGUGAUGAACCUCAAACCUCCAGGACAGAACCACCAGACGUUCCAGUCACUGUUAGAGAAAUGUUGGAUGAGGAUCCAAAUGAAAAAGAUUCAGAACAGGUAACAGCCCUCAAACAGUCCCUACUCAACAUGCCCAUUAUUCCAACAGGGAGCGAGGUUGUCUCUAGAAAAGGACGCAGAAAAAAGGGGAAAAACCAGACAAGAAAAAAGACAAAUUCAGCGAGGCUCGUUGUUACCCCUCUACCUGCAUACAGUCAAAAAGUCAAAGGCCAAAGUUCACCUGAAAAACCUCAAGGUCGUAAAAGGGGAAGACCUCGAAAGACUUAGGCCAUGUGGUUAUAAGCUUGUGUUUGUUAAUAAAUAGAUAUG